AUGGUACUCACAUAUCCAGCUAGCUAUCCGCUAUCAUUACUACUUGAUCGUGUGGUGGGAAAAGAGGUGCGCACUACAAUGGAUCGACAUAUGCUGGGCGGUCUGAUGCGACAACAGAAGUCCGAUACUGCCAAGAUGGCAGAUGUGAUAGAAAAUGCUAUGAUGCUGGAAGUGCGACGCGUCAAAGACGUCAUGACAGCUUUAGAUAAGGUGGGUAAGCUCUCCACAACUAUCGCUAUGUAA